GGCCUGGGAGAUCCGGGCCUCAGGGUGCAUGUGCCUGUUCUUGUUGUCGUCAUGGUGGCGCCCGUGGUGUACUUGGUGGCGGCGGCUCUGCUCGUCGGCGUUAUCCUCUUCCUGACUCGCAGCCGAGGCCAGGCAGCAGCAGCUGGCCAAGAGCUACUACACAAUGAGGAGGAGCCAGUAGUAGCAGGCCGGGUGGUCCAGCCUCGGCCCCUGGAACCGGAGGAGCAGAGAGCUGGAGGCAGGCCUCGGCGCCGGAGGGACCUGGGCAGCCGCCUACAGGCCCAGCGUCGAGCCCAGCGGGUGGCCUGGGCAGAAGUGGAUGAGAAUGAGGAGGAAGCUGUCAUCCCCGCCCAGGAGGAAGAAGGCAUCGAGAAGCCAGUGGAAACUCACCUGUCAGGGAAAAUUGGAACCAAGAAACUACGGAAGCUAGAAGAGAAACAGGCGCGAAAAGCCCAACGUGAGGCAGAGGAGGCUGAACGGGAGGAGCGGAAACGCCUUGAGUCCCAGCGUGAGGCAGAGUGGAAGAAGGAGGAGGAGCGGCUUCGCCUGGAGGAGGAGCAGAAGGAGGAGGAAGAGAGGAAGGCCCGGGAGGAGCAGGCCCAGCGGGAGCAUGAGGAGUACCUGAAACUGAAGGAGGCCUUCGUGGUGGAGGAGGAGGGCAUGGGCGAGACCAUGACUGAGGAGCAGUCCCACAGCUUCCUGAUAGAAUUCGUCAACUACAUUAAGCAGUCCAAGGUUGUGCUCUUGGAAGAUCUGGCUUCCCAGGUGGGCCUGCGGACUCAGGACACCAUAAGCCGCAUCCAGGACCUGCUGGCUGAGGGGACUCUAACAGGUGUGAUUGACGACCGGGGCAAGUUCAUCUACAUAACCCCAGAGGAGCUAGCUGCCGUGGCCAACUUCAUUCGACAACGAGGCCGAGUGUCCAUCACUGAGCUUGCCCAGGCCAGCAACUCCCUCAUCACCUGGGGCCGGUAGCCUUCUGCCAAGGCCCCAGCCUGACCCCAGCCCUUGCUUCUCAGACUCGGAGCUGGUGUGGCCUACCUGGCAGUACAGCUUCAUUCCUUCCCACCAUCCUGGAGCAGUGUUGGAGUGUGGCCAGGCAGUAAUAGAUUAAAGACCUGUUAGCAGUGCUGA